GCAGUAACCUGCGAUAGGAAGGUACCAGGUUCGCAUGGCAAAGCGAAUCUACGGCGCAUCGCACGCGACCGGAUGAUGAGCGACAAUAUGCUUCCGAGGUGGCCUGUGUCGACAGUAGGAGGUUAUAAGAUGGAGCGACCUGCACCCAGGUUCCUGGAUCAUCUCCACCUGCCAAUUCUCACUUCGCAGUCGACAUCGCCAAAAUGAAGUGGACUACCAUUGCGACCGCUUUUGCUGCCAUGCCUUUGGCAUCGGCUGCAUUCACCAAGGAGCAGUAUCGCUCUGGUGAAGUGAUGGAGAAGAUGAUGACGGCGAAGGAGGGUGCCUGGGCCAAGCAGCGCGCUGCUGGUGCUUACGACCAGAGGAAGUGGAAGGACUUCCACAAGAAGCGCUCCAACAAGAACCGCAUCGAGUGCAAGAACGGCCGCGUCGAGGCAGUCAAGGGCGAUCCUGACCAGACGUACAAGUGCAAGGAUAUCGACUUGUACGACUUCAAGACGCAUGAGGAACUUGGCAACCCCCCUCCCGUCUCUGAGGGCUCUGGUUCGUGGGGAUGGACUCACAAGGGUCGUGAAUUCAUUGCCAUUGGUCAGACCAACGGCACUGCUUUUGCGGAGGUCACCAAGAACGGUGAGCUGGAGUACUUGGGCCGUCUUCCUGCGCAAGCUUCCCCUGUCAUCUGGCACGAGAUGAAGAGCUUGGGCGAUUAUCUCUUCGUUGGUUCCGAGGGUGCGGGCCACGGAGUGCAGAUCUUCGAUUUCAAGAAGCUCCUCAAGCUGAGCCCUAAGAAGCCCAAGACCUUUGACAUCACAAAGGACCUGACUGCUUGGUUCAACGACCUCACUGAGGGCGCUGGUAUUGCCGGUCGCUCCCACAAUGUCGUUACCAACGAGGAGAAGGGCUACGCUGUAGCUGUCGGCUCUGGCGGACGUGCUGGCCGUAACGACACCUGCGCUGGAGGUCUCAUCUUCAUCAACGUCGACGACAUCACCAAGCCCUACAAGGAGGGUUGCGCACCCCAGGACGGAUACAUCCACGACGCUCAGUGCAUCGUCUACCGUGGACCUCACAAGAAGUACUACGGCCGUGACAUCUGCUACGGCUACAACGAGGAUACAUUGACCAUCUACGAUGUCACCAACAAGAAGGGCUUCAACGCCUCGACUAUCAUCUCGCGUACCCCCUACGUGGGCUCCUCCUACACCCACCAGGGCUGGGUCCUCGACCCCUACUGGCAGACCCACAUCGUCAUGGACGACGAGCUUGACGAGGGCGAGAUUGACGGCGGCAUCGACACCGAUCCGGAGUCCCCCGCCAAGGAUGGCUACCCCGUCACCUACAUCUGGGACAUCACCAACCUCGAAGCCCCCAAGAACUCUGGUUACUACAAGUCCUCCACCCGCGCCGUCGACCACAACCAGUUCGUCCACGAUGGCCUCGCCUACCAGUCCAACUACCAAGCCGGUCUGCGCAUCCUCGACGUCAGCUCCAUUCCCCGUCACAGUGACGGAAGCCGCGUGAAGGAGAUCGCCUACUUUGACGUGUUCCCCGGUGACGAUGCCGUGCCCGGUGGCGGACAGGCGCUGUGGGACGCCGGCACAUGGUCGCACUACACCUUCCCCAGCGGCUUCACAGUGAUCAACACCAUUGACCGCGGUGCAUUUGUCGUCAAGCCCAAGUUCGGCCGCGGCAAGGGCAAGUACUUCGGCCAGUACUAGGGGAUGUAUGCUUUA